AAAAGAGGAAAGAUGGCGUCUACGUAUCGCAUGAUGAUUACCACACUCAAAACAAUUGUGUUUGUUGUUCUAAGUAUUGCUCUUUUUCAUGUGAGUGCAAUUUUAUUGGGUGCACCUGUAUUGGAAUCCUUCAGAUCUACUUUAUUCUUUAGUAUUUUAAUGACCAUCUUAACUUUUACUCCAAGUAUUUUGUUAGAUGGUAGUAUGUUGCCUGUUCUGUUGAAAAUCUUUAGCGAAGGAAGGUAUAAAAUGACACCGGAAGUUGACAUGCACGAACCCGUCAUCGGCACAAUCAUCGGAGCCUGGUGCGGCGCCUUCGUCAUCCCUCUAGACUGGGAUCGUCCCUGGCAAGAAUGGCCCAUACCUUGCAGCGUGGGUGCUGUUCUCGGUUGCUCCGUUGGUCACUUAAUUCUGGCCGGACUGACCAUGCAAAAGAUCGUCUGAAAAUAUGUACAUUUUAUUUUGAUUUGUGACGCUCAUUAGUAUAGCGCAACAAUUGAUAUACUUACUGUCUGCCGAUAUUUGAAAAGUGCAUUUGCCCAGUGAUUUUUGUUCAUUUUCCGUGCUAAAAGAAAAUUAAUGAAAAUAAUAACAAUGUGGAACCUAAUUUAAUUUAUUUAAAAAUAAUAUCCAAGACAAAUGUAUGUAUGUAUGGUGUUAUAAUAAACUCGAAACAACUUUUUCUUUGACAAA